ACACGCGAUUUCACCAGUUUUCAACCCGGGGACUUACAAUACCGUUCGCGAUUUAACUACAGUACCUGGGGAAGGCAGUUUUAAACGGCGAAUUAAUUUCGCCCACAUUCUUCUCGAAACUUAAACUGUAACUGCACAGACACAGGUUGCACCGGGAACCACUAAGAAGCAGACGCUAUGCAGCAAGCAGUGGCCAGACCCCAGCGCCCCCAGCCAAGUGACGUAGAGUCGGCUCGGGGUGUGAACCGGCUGUGGGGGUACCUGCAGGAGACUGGACUGCAGAGUGGCAUGGAGGCCCUGUGUGCGGAGGUGCUGCGCCGGCCCCAGCCUCCCUUCAACCCCUACCCUGUGUUCAUGCAGUGGGCUCGGUGGCAGGCAGAGAGGAUCAGGCUGUCUCAGUCAGACACGGAGAAGAAAUUCAGGGAAGAUGUCACCUUUCCCACAACCCUCACUGCUGUUCGAUAUAUUGCAGGGGCUAAAGGCUGCUCCCAUGUCUGGGGACUUCCCAGCAUCCUCCGCUGUGUUGACCCAGAGAAAAGCAAGCACUUUAAUUGGCUGAUUGAUGAUGUGACCCCUUCGCUUUCAACCCUGAGUCACAGCAGCCCAUACACAAUUUAUGUAAUUGCCGGCCCAGAUGCCCAGCGCGCCCGUGUCCUCUACGCGAGCUGUGUCCGCCGAGAUGUCAUCAGGACAAGCCAGAAUGGCCGCCAUCGUCUGCUCAGGUCAGAGGUCAUCCUGCUGAGAAAAGUGGUGGGCAAAGAGGAGGUUGCUUCCCAAGGAUCAGAGUUUGAGGCUUUCGUGGAGAGGUCACUGGACACCCGCCUCCCAGUGAAGGUGGAGUGUGUGUGGAGAGAGGACCCGGUGGGCAGUUCUCGCCAGGGGGGCACUAAGGCCUACACCCUGAUUGCCAUCCAGACUGCUGACAGCUUCGGGGAGGAGAGGGUGCUGGACUUCUCCGACUGCCCCCUGGUGCACCUCUCCUCCAGCCUGUUUCCACAUCAAGCCCACGCUGAGGCCUACACUCGCGUGUUCCUGCCCAGAGGACCACACCCCCCAGGCCCACUCACAGGGGGCAGUGCAGGUACCCAGGGUGUGUUCGCUCCAGUGCGGGACUGUCUGAUCAGGAGGCUUGCUGCCCUGCGUCUGCCGCAGGAUGCCCUGCCUGCGGCCCACCUCUGCGUGCUGCUUCUCCUGCUGCCGGAGACGGCUGAGCCUGGGCCAGCGAGAGGCCAGGCACAGGACGCCCCUUUGGAGGGGCUCGGGUGA